UUUUCGAAGCAGUUCAUCUGUUAUGUUUAUUAAUUUUAUCGAAUUUUCCACAUUCUUAACAGAGAUCAAGGAAAUAUGUUGUAAGAAUUUAACAAUGAAAGAUUUAAAAGAAAUUCAUAAUACUUGGCAGUACUUGAAAUUGAACUAUCGAGACAUAUUUACUAGAUGUUUCGUAGUCACUGUUUUGUAAUAGUAAGAGUAUUAUUAAUGCUGUGAACAUGAUUGUGCCCUAAGAAUUCUGUUACAAAAUCUCGAGAACACAAUCAUGCUUCUAAUGUCGAACCUUGGUCACGUUCAACGUAAGAAUUUAUUAUUGUUUAAAUCAAUGGAACUUUAGUCUUAAACAAACUACAUUCUGCAACCAUUUCUGAAUAUCAUUUAAUUAUACUUAAGUCUUUGAAUUUAGUAAGUCUUCUUCUUCGUCGCUUCUUCAUAGUGAUGCUUAGAAAUAAAACGAAGUUUGAAAGCCAGUAAAAAAUUUUACUGAGAGGUUUUGUCAUAUUUGGACAAGUUCGACAGCAACAAAGAAGUAAAAGGAAACUGCUUUGCUGUUGGUUACAAACUAGUACAACAAUAGAGAGAAAUGUAUAAUAAAAAAUGGAUAAAUUAUGUAGUUUGUUGAUUAAAAUAACAGUCGUGCGUCUUGUUGCUUAUAGAGUGGCGCUCGUGUUUCGUUACGUGCGAUUUGUGUCCAUCAAACGCAACGGAUUUCACAUUCACCGCUGGCCAAAAUCACUUUGUCCAGUGAAAUCGUCCUUGGCAUCCAAAGUAUCCGUCUCGUAAUUAGCAUGAUGCAAAACCGAACAAAGUUACAUUUCGCGUUCCGGAGAUUUUUCAAGAUUUUGUCGAAUAUUUGACCGUUGGUCGAAUUUUUCUUCGAGCGUGUCGCGUUUUUCGGGCACCGAUGACACGCAGAAAAUGGAAAAUCCGAGCGUUGGAAACUUUCUAAAAUCCUGGUUUUCCGGUUACACUGCGAAAAAUGUGACGAACAGCAAAUAUAAAUCUAAGGUAGGGGGAUUGACCCUGAGCAUAUAAAAUAGACGUGUGACGGUUUAAUGGAGCGCAGUUUCUAUAAACCUGUCUCGCUAGGAAUAAGACGGACGUAUUUCGCGUGUUCAUCUUUAUCGAUCAUCGUGAAAGGAUUCCAUCGGCGCUUAACGAUGCUGGGUCCUACACUCGUGCAUGGGGGGAACUACAUCAAGGAAGGUAAAGACUCUACUAAGAGCACUAGCCUAAUCUUCUCUCCGAAAGAAAGUGACUCCGUUGGUGCGCUAGGCAAAUAUCUACAACUUUUUGCUCAAAAUGAAGUUAAUCUGUUACAUAUUGAAUCCAGAAGUUCUCUACGUCAACCGAAUAUCUAUGAAUUCAUGGUGGAGUGCGCGCCGGGCGGAAAGCUCGACUCCGUGAUCAAUAAUUUACGCGAGCAAUGUGGUUAUUUUUCGAUCAUUUCUAGAAAUUACAAGGAUAAUAUGGGAACAGUGCCAUGGUUCCCGAGACGCAUCAGGGAUCUCGAUAAGUUCGCCAAUCAAAUUCUGUCCUACGGAUCCGAGCUCGACAGCGAUCAUCCGGGAUUCACGGACUCCGUUUACAGACAGAGGCGCAAAUACUUCGCCGAUAUAGCUUACAAUUACAAGUACGGUCAAUCCAUUCCGAGAGUAGAGUACACCAAAGAGGAAACGGAUACGUGGGGCGUAGUUUUUAGAAAUCUGACGAAACUUUAUCCAAAGUAUGCAUGCAAGGAGCAUAACCACGUGUUCCCGUUGCUUAUCGAAAACUGCGGUUACAGAGAAGACAACAUUCCUCAACUGCAGGACAUAUCGAACUUCUUAAAAGAUUGCACUGGUUUUACGCUUCGCCCUGUGGCCGGAUUACUCUCUUCGCGCGACUUUCUGGCCGGCUUAGCUUUCAGAGUGUUUCACUGCACACAAUACAUCAGACAUGGCAGCAAACCAUUAUACACACCGGAACCCGAUGUUUGUCACGAAGUAUUGGGUCACGUGCCACUGUUCGCCGAUCCCUCGUUCGCCCAAUUUUGUCAAGUUGUCGGUUUGGCGUCCCUUGGGGCUCCAGACGACUACAUCGAGAAACUUGCCACGUGCUUCUGGUUUACGGUCGAAUACGGUAUCUGUCGACAAGGUAACGAAUUAAAAGCGUACGGUGCAGGAUUGCUCUCGUCUUUCGGCGAACUCGAGUAUUGCUUGAGCGGUAAACCAGAACUCCGACCUUUUGAACCGACGAAGACUGCGUUACAAAAAUAUCCGAUAACGGAGUAUCAACCCGUGUAUUUCGUCGCAGAAAACUUCGAAGAUGCAAAACAGAAGAUGAUCAAAUUUGCCGAAAGUAUUCCAAAGAAGUUUGGGGUCAGAUACGACCCGUACACUCAAAGUAUCAACAUAAUCGACAGCAAACAUCAAAUCGAAGAUCUCGUAUACAACGUGAACCAAGAAGUACAAAUUUUGAUGGACGCUUUACGGAAAUUGAAGCAAUAGAGUCGCACGUUUCGUCGAUUAUCCAUGUGAAAUUAACAGGUACUAUGCGUUGAAUUAUGACAACGCGUGGGAUCAUUUAUUAGGCGGAAUAAAGCGGUUGAAAGCUUAAUUAAAACUGGACUGAUUUGUACGAAGUUAUAUCAAAACCAUGCCUCUUACGGUAUUGAAUAUAAAAAUUUGAAAUAUACACCGUAGGUCCUGAUUUGUGGUACAAUCGACGGAGAAACUAUGAAAAAUACUAUGUAAAUAAAUGAAAAAAUUCUAAAAUCAUUCGCACUUUAGAAAACAUUUUAUUGCCGGCGACAUUAUAAACUGGAAUUCUUUGACAACCAUAAGACUCGAUGUGCCUGAGCCAGAUCAUUGGUGAUUCCAAACAUUAAUCGUUGCAGGCUGAUUCCUAAAAAUUAUAGAACAAAACAAGGUGUCCACAAAAUUUUUUGAUAAAUUUCACCAACAUGUGUUUUAUCAAACAAACUGGAGUAAAAGUGUUACAACCAUAGGCUUCGAAAUGCUUCCUUUCCAAGUUACAGUACAUUAAAUACAGGAAGUUAGGCUUCUCGAGUAAAAAUAUAAGUUUAAACAUUUUUGUAAUAUCAAAUUUUUCAUUAAUACAUUGAUAAAAUUUAGCUCAAAGAAUUUAGGAACACCGUAUACAUAUAUGUAGGAGGGAAAUUUAAAAAUCCUUUCCCUUCCACAAACCCCACUGGUCCACUUGUCGCGUCCGCAAGAACGCAGAAUUUAAAUUAUUUAUUGUACAAGUCACCCACCUUUACCAUGUAAAAUUUACUAACAGCAAGUUCUGAAUGUUAACAUUAAUAAUAAUGUCGAUCUUACAUUUCA